CAAACCCGCGGAGGCGUUUGUAACUUUAAAAAGUGCGCAAAAUUUUUACUACGGAACAGGUACAACAGCUUUUUGUUGUCGCAUGUUAUAACCAUGUUCAUUUAAACAGGCCCAUAUGUUUCAGAAGCGUGAAAUCACAUCAUAAGCACUGUUGCAGUUUCAAAAUACUAAAGAAUUAUAAACAGUUGACAUAAUAUAUUUGUUUAAAUACUGAAGAGGUGUCUUUCGUGUUAUUUAUUAAAAUAUUUAUAUUGGAUUUCUUGUGGUGAAAAAACAAAACAAAGUAAGUUGUGUACAAUUUCUUGUAACGUUAACGACGGUCAAAGCUAAAGGUCUAAGGAAAACAGUGGACAGAAAUAUUCUGUGGAACGUUUUGUCAAUUUUGUGAAAUUUGUUUCUUGGAAGAAAAAAGUUAGAAUUUGUAGUCUUGUAAAGCAUAUUUCAUCAGUUAUUCAGUUCUGAAGAGGUUAUCUUUUGUGUUAUUUAUUAAAAUAUUCAUAUUGGUUUUCUUGUGGUGAAAAAAACAAACAAAGUAAAGUAUACAAGUGUUGUGUACAAUUUCUUGGACUGGAAGCGUGAUGGGUUUUCGUCUCAUGUUUUGUGUAUUUGAACUCCUGCUUGUGGUGACGCCACUGAACGCCAACUCGGCAGUGGAAGACCGGUGCACGUCGUACAAUUGUAAACUCCCCGACUGCAGAUGCCCGGGUCGGAACGUGCCCGGAGACCUCAAGCAGAAUGAGGUGCCGCAAAUGGUCCUCAUCACAUUCGACGAUGCGGUCAACUGGGAAAACUGGGACUUUUACAGGAAGCUGUUCCCUCCAGACCUAAGCCGACUGAACCCCAACGGGUGCCCGGUGUCCAUGACCUUGUUCGUGUCCAACAAAUACACAGACUAUUGCAUGGUCAGGAAGCUGCAUGCGAGAGGGAUUGAAAUUGCCGAUCACAGCGUAACACAUCGUCUGCCCAACGAGUGGUGGACCGCGGCCAACAAUCAGGAUCUAGAGGACGAGAUCAUAAACCAGAGGAACAAUCUUGCUGAUUUGGGCAACAUCUCCAUAGAGGACAUUAGUGGUUGGAGAAGUCCUUUCCUGCAGCCGACGGGAGACGUCAUGUUUGACAUCCUCUACAGAAAGAACUUCACGUUCGACGCGACGAUGACGUACCCUUUCCCCACAAACGUUUACUCUCCUGUGAUGUGGCCGUUCACGCUGGAUUAUUCGUACACUUUGAUCUGCAGUAUUGACCUCUGUCCCAAAAAGUCCUACCCCGGUUUGUGGAUUAUCCCAGUGGUGAGCGUGAUGGACUACAGAGAACUUUUGCCGUGUGCUUACAUCGACUCCUGCAAAAACGUCCCGCGAAACCAGGACGAGGCUUUCCAGAUGCUGUGGAAGAAUUUCCUUCGAAACUACCGCACGAACCGCGCACCGCUAUACGUGAAUCUGCACUCGGCGUGGCUUCAGACAAAACACAACUUCGACGCCAUGAACGACUUCAUUCUUCGCUUGACCUCAAUGAACGACACGUAUAUCAUCACCAUCAGCCAAGCCAUCGAGUGGAUCAGAAAUCCGACCCCGCUGUCGGAAAUUAAUAAUUUCAAGCCUUGGAACUGUGUCAAGGAGCCGAAUCUGGAAGACAAAGCGUUCUGCUCGUUUACCUUCAAGCCCAUUGUGAUGAGCAAAUCACCGGACACCACGGCUCGGGAGAAGCACAAGACCAGACUGCCGGACACUAAGGAAACAGUGGUGGACAAAAACUCGCUCGACAGAAGGGACAAGCAUCUGACGAACGUCAAAGACCAUGAUGAACGGGAACAUCAUCAUGACCACGAACGGAGGAGGAAACACCGCCCGUGGUUUUUGAAGAAUUCUGCUUCCGGUGAUACAAAAUUUAAUGUAAUUUUUGUUGUCGUUAUUUUCGUUUUCGUUAAAUGUUUGUUUGUCAUGAACGUGAUGGGUUUUCGUGUUAUGUUUUGUGUAUUUGGACUUCUGCUUCUGGUGACGCUGCUGGACGCCAACUCGGCCGCGGAAGACCGGUGCACGUCGUACAACUGUAAACUUCCCGACUGCAGAUGCCCUGGUCUCAACGUGCCCGGUGACUUCAAGCAGGAUGAGGUGCCGCAGAUGGUCCUCAUCACAUUCGACGACGCGGUCAACUGGGAAAACUGGGACUUUUACAGGGAGCUGUUCCCUCCAGACCUAAGCCGACUGAACCCCAACGGGUGCCCGGUGUCCACGACCUUGUUCGUGUCCAAUAAAUACACAGACUAUUGCAUGGUCAGGAAGCUGCAUGCGAGAGGGAUUGAAAUUGCCGAUCACAGCCCAACGGGAGACGUCAUGUUUGACAUCCUCUACAGAAACAACUUCACGUACGACGCGACGAUGACGUACCCUUUCCCCACAAACGUGUACUCUCCUGUGAUGUGGCCGUUCACGCUGGAUUAUUCGUACACUUUGGUCUGCAAUAUUGACCCUUGCCCCCAAAAGUCUUACCCCGGCUUGUGGAUUAUCCCAGUGGUGAACGUGAUGGACUAUAGAGAACUUUUGCAGUGUGCUUACAUCGACUUCGAGGUUUUGAAAUUGGCCCCUCCCCUGCCCCCUGUCUUGAAAGACAUGACGGAAUUUGCCUUUACUGCCGUCUGCCGGAGAUCAUAUGGGAGUCCGGGUUUCGAGACACGGCCGAGAAUAUUGUCACAUGACAGAUUGUGGACCCAAGUCAUCACGUCUGUUGGCCGCUGGAUUGGCUCCUGGUUGAGUCCAUCUGUUGGCAAACAGCCGAAGCUCCUGCCUCGUAAUGGUGGCGGCUUCGUGAUGGGUUUUCGUGUCAUGUUUUGUGUGUUUGAACUCCUGCUUCUGGUGACGCCACUGAACGCCAACUCGGCCGUGGAAGACCGGUGCACGUCGUACAACUGUAAACUCCCCGACUGCAGAUGUCCCGGUCACAACGUGCCCGGAGACUUCAAGCAGAAUGAGGUGCCGCAGAUGGUCCUCAUCACAUUCGACGACGCGGUCAACUGGGACAAUUGGGACUUUUACAGGGAGCUAUUCCCGCCAGACCUAAGCCGACUGAACCCCAACGGGUGCCCGGUGUCCACGACCUUGUUCGUGUCCAACAAUUUCACAGACUACUGCAUGGUCAGGAAACUCCAUGCGAGAGGGAUAGAAAUUGCCGACCACAGCGUAACACAUCGUCUUCCCCACGAGUGGUGGAGUGCAGCAAACAAUCAGGAUCUAGAGGACGAGAUAAUAAACCAGAGGAACAAUCUGGUUGAUCUGGGCAACAUCCCUCUAGAGGACAUUCGUGGUUGGAGAAGUCCUUUCCUGCAGCCGACGGGAGACAUCAUGUUUGACAUCCUCUACAAAAAUAACUUCACGUACGAUGCGACGAUGACGUACCCUUUUCCCAGAAACGUGUACUCUCCUGUGAUGUGGCCGUUCACGCUGGAUUAUUCGUACACUUUGGUCUGCAAUAUUGACCCUUGCCCAAAAAAGUCCUACCCCGGCUUGUGGAUUAUCCCAGUGGUGAACGUGAUGGACUACAGAGAACAUUUGCCGUGUGCUUACAUCGACUUCUGCAAAAACGUGCCGCGAAACAAGGACGAGGCUUUCCAGAUGCUGUGGAAGAAUUUCCUCCGAAACUACCGCACCAACCGCGCUCCGCUAUACGUAAACCUGCACUCGGUGUGGCUUCAGACAAAACACAACUUCGACGCCAUGAACGACUUCAUCCUUCGCCUGACCUCAAUGAACGACACGUACAUCGUCACCGUCAGCCAGGCCAUCGAGUGGAUCAGAAACCCGACCCCACUGUCGGAAAUGAACAAUUUCAAGCCUUGGAAUUGUGUGAAGGAGCCGAAUCUGGAAGACAAAGCGUUCUGUUCGUUUACCUUCAAGCCCAUCGUGACGAGCAAAUCACCGGACACCACGACUCGGGACAAGCACAAGACCAGACUGCCGGACACUAAGGACACAGUGGUGGACAAAAACUCGCUGGACGGAAAGGACAAGCGUUUGUCGAACGUCAAGGACCAUGAUGAACGGGAACAUCACCAUGACCACGAACGGAGGAGGAAACACCGCCCGUGGUUUUUGAAAAAUUCUGCUUCCGGUGAUUCAAAAUUUAAUGUAAUUUUUGUGUUGUCGUUAUUGUCGUUUUCGUUGAAUGUUUGUAUGUCAUGAAGCAUAAAAAUUUGAUUUUUAAACAAA